CCGGGGCCUCCGUACGACGAGGGCGCCGCUGUCCAAGCGGUUGCUAGCUGCUAGCUGUCACCGGGAGGAUGGCGGGUGUGCACCCCCAGGACGACCUGCUGAAGAUGACACACAGAGAAAACUGGAAGGUGCAGCACGAGCGUCUGCACGUGAAGCACCGGGGCCACGAGGCCAUGCACGCGGAGAUGGUGAUGAUCCUCGUCGCCACGCUGGUGGUGGCCCAGAUUGUCCUGGUGCAGUGGAAGCAGCGGCACCAUCGCUCGUACAAUCUGGUGACUCUGGUACAGAUGUGGGUGGUCCCUCUCUACUUCACCAUCAAGCUGUACUGGUGGAGGUUCCUGUCCAUGUGGAGCAUGUUCUCUGUCGUCACCAGCUACGUCAUCUUUCGGGCCACGCGCAAGCCGCUGUCCUGCAGGACGCCGAGGAUGGUGUACAAGUGGUUUCUGUUAAUCUACAAGCUGAGUUACGCCGUGGGCGUCCUGGGCUACCUGGCCAUCAUGUUCACUAUGUUCGGCUUCAACGUCUUCUUCAGGAUCAAGGCGGAGGACUCAAUGGACGUAGGUGUAAUCAUGCUCUUCUACGGUCUUUACUAUGGCGUCAUGGGCAGAGACUUCGCUGAAAUCUGUUCUGACUACAUGGCUUCUACAAUCGGGUUCUACAACAAGGGCGGCAUGCCCAGCAGGAGUCUGACCAACGACAUCUGCGCCGUGUGCGGUCAGAGGAUCCUGGUGGACGUGGAGGAGGAAGGAUUAAUAGAGGACACCUACCAGCUCUCCUGCGGACACAUAUUCCACGAGUUUUGCAUCCGGGGCUGGUGCAUCGUGGGUAAAAAGCAGACGUGCCCGUACUGCAACGAGAAGGUUGACUUGAAGAGGAUGAUGAACAACCCCUGGGAGAAGACGCAUGUCCUCUAUGGCCAGCUGCUGGACUGGCUCAGAUACCUGGUUGCCUGGCAACCCAUCAUCAUCGGUAUCGUUCAUGGGAUCAACUUCUCACUGGGCCUCGAGUAGAACCCUGAGGAACUGGCGCUGUUUUUUAAAAGUACUUCUGGAAUUUAAUUUUGUGCCGCAAAACGUUUGGCAACGAGGAGCCCGUGAUCCCAAAACUGUUGCCAACUUGAAACAACAUAUUAAAGCCCAGAUCCAAGUUUCCCAUCUUUUGAAGGAAGACGCUUCUAGCUUGGAAAACUUCUGGAAGCAUCGCUGUCACGCCUGUUUUGUUUUUAGAUAAACCGUUGCUUAUUACCCUAACCCUAGUUUUUUAAAAAUAGUUUUAUUUUCACGGCCCCCCCCCCCCCCCCCCCCCCCCCGCUUCCUGCUCAGUGCUUUUAAAAGACUUGAUCUGCAGCUCUUUGCACAUCGACUACAUAAAAGGAUGACUCUGUCCAAACAGUUGUGGUUCACAUAAAACCUGUUUACAUUUCAUGUAACUUUUAUUUAUAACUUUGUUUUAUUAUUUCUCAAUGUGCCUGAAGCUGAAGGUGAGUGGCCAACUUACUGUAGCAGUCGGACUAAAUGUGUCUCUGAACGAGUUUUGUGGAUUUGUUAUCGCUGCAGCUUGAACCUCCAUCGUGUGCAGAGGAUCAAAUCGAUCAAUACUGUUGUCAACGACCUUCAAACACUCAAUGAAACGGAGUUUGAUUGGAUCCGUUGGGGAUCAGAAGUUUUCUUUCUCUUUGCCAAAUGAAAUACUGUUGCUGUCUAAUCGAGGCUGCUGUUAGGGUCUAUUGGAUAAAUAUUCAUCAAAACCAUAUAAGUUGUUCCUGGAGAUGUUGUUGUCACUAUGCUGCAGUUUAGUCAAACCAAACACAAAGGUUUACUUUUUUUUUAAUUCACAUUUCUCCAAAUGCGACAGAGCUUUCAGUCAGUUACACUGGCUUCCGUUUUCAAAUUAGAUUUUUUUAAAUGGAUAUAGUUGUUCUCAAUAAUCCACGAUGACAAAUAAAAACAAUGUUUUUUAAAAAA